CAGUUAUUUUUCUAUUCUUGCUGUGGAAACAUCGAUAUCAACAUUCACUUUUCUCAAUAAACGUGGUGUUUACUUUUUAUAUUUUGCAAAUAAAAAUACUUCCGUGUUCGGCAUUUAUGUUUGGUUGAUUAAUUAGAAAAAAACUUGUUAUGAUUUUGCUUAAACAAAUUAAAAGUCGAAGCAUUGAGCAUCAGUUCUAUCGAUGGAUGUCAGUAGAAGUUUCGGCAAAAAUCUCAAAAUCCAACGACGAACUGAGAGAGACAUCAAAAUUUGACCAAGAAUGGCUUCAAGCUAAGGACUUCAAAGAAAUACCAGGACCAUCAACUUUUAAAUUACUUUCCCAUUACCUUCCAGGAGGUAAACUUCACAAUUCUAAUUUGAUCGAUUUCUAUAAACUACUUCGUGAUGAGUAUGGCGAUAUUUCACUUAUAAAAGGGAUAAUGGGUAAACCAAAUGUUGUGUUUACUUAUAAUCCAGCCGAUAUAGAAAAAGUAUAUCGCACUGAAGGUAUUUGGCCUAUACGAGUUGGAUUGGAAACUUUUACGUAUUAUCGUAAAAAAGUUCGUCCAGAUGUUUUCAAAAAUAUUGGAGGAUUGGUUUCAGAACAAGGUAAAGCUUGGGCAGAUAUUCGAAAUAAAGUGAACCCGAUUAUGAUGAAAGUUCAAACGGUCCGAGAGAAUUUACCCGAUAUUGAUGAUAUUUCUCAGCAAUUUUUACAAAAAAUAGAACAACUUCGAGAUCCAAAAACUAAGAAUAUUAAGACAAACUUUCAUGAUGAAGUCAAACUGUGGGCUUUCGAAUCAAUUUGUUGUAUUGGUUUGAACAAAAGAAUGGGAUUCCUGAACAGUUCUGGCAGCGUUGAUCCCGAUGCUUUGAAACUUUCCGACGCAAUGUCAAGGUUUUUCCAGUUGAGUUUUGAAUUUGAUGUGCAACCAUCUAUUUGGAAAUACUACGAAACACCAAAAUUCAAGACCCUCAUACAAACUUAUGACGAAAUAACUGAAAUAACAACAAAAUAUAUCAACGAAGCCAUUGCGAAUUUCGGAAAAGGUGCUGGUCCAACUGGAGUUUUAGAAAAGCUUUGCUGCAUUGAUAAGCAAAUUGCUGUUGUUAUGGCCAUAGACAUGCUUAUGGCUGGUAUGGAUACUACAUCAUCAGUGUUUUUGUCAACACUUUACAUGAUUGCCAAACAUCCAGAAAAACAAAAUACUCUUCGUCGAGAAGUUAUGGGAAUACUUCCUGACAAAAAUACCCCACUAACUAAUGAAAACACAAAAAAUAUGCCUUAUCUUAGAGCUUGCAUUAAGGAGGCCUUGAGAAUUACUCCAAUCACACCGGCAAACUUUCGUUUAACAGGUUGUGAUGUAGUUCUAAGCAAUUACAGAGUUCCAAAGGGAACUGGGGUAUCUAUGGGAAUGAUGCCCUUAACCAAUAGCGAUGUUUAUUUUCCCCAAAGUUCUGAAUUUAUGCCAGAACGAUGGUUAAAGUCCGGCGAGGGAGCAUGCCCUCAUGCAAAAGGAACAAAUCCUUUUGUUUAUUUACCUUUUGGAUUCGGUCCUCGAACGUGUAUUGGAAAGCGAAUUGCUGAAAUGGAAAUGGAGACACUAAUGACAAGAUUAAUUCGUAAUUAUAAAAUUUCAUGGUAUGGAGAUGACCUUAAGUAUACGAGUAAUAUUAUUUUAAUACCUGCUGGAGAUAUGAGGUUUAAAUUUGAACCGAUAUAAGCUUCAAAAAGCAUUUCGUUGACUAACAGUAAAAGUUCUUCUAUUCACCGUAUUUUAGUUAAAUAAAAUUGAAUGUAAUUAGUUACUUUUAUAGAUGAAAUAAUGUACAAACUUUUCCAUCAAAUCCAAAAUAAGAUUAUUUUGUGAGCUUAUCUUAUCGGGCUUACACUCAAACAAACAAUUUAUAUGAUUUUUAGUGUAAAAGUUUUACAAAUGAAAAUUUUUGAAGUUUUGUUUUUGUAUAGUUUUGAAAGGGUUUUCAAGAAAUUGUCUGUUCCUUGAAAUAUUAAAAGUAAUAGUCGUGGCUAUUUUUGUGGAAAAAGACAAUAACAAUCGUAUUAUUUAAUGAGAUUUUUGUAAAAAAUUGAAUAAGAAAACAAAAUAAAAUGUAUCUAUUAGUCUA